CACGGGAUUCAUUAUGGGUCUUAUCUUUUUCACAACUUCAUCACAUUGAAACCGAUAACAGUUCACUCCUUCACUUCACUUCAGACCAAGCUAUAAUGGCGCAGUCUUUGUCUUUUGCUCCUAUUUGUUCCUUGAAAUCUUCAAACACACCUGGAGCUGUUAUUGGUAAUUCGGUUGUCCGAAAGGCUUUUCCAAUGAAGGAAGUUUGUCUGAAUUCUAAAGCUGGAAACUUUCAGUCUUUGGUGGUUAAGGCUACAGAAGAUAGUAGUAAAGGCACAACAAAAGUAAAGAGCAUUGUUUGUGCUGAUUGUACCGGAAAUGGUGCAAAAGAAUGUACACAAUGCCAAGGUUCGGGAGUUAAUUUGAUAGAUCACUUCAAUGGCCGAUUUAAAGCUGGUGGACUAUGCUGGCUAUGCAGGGGUAAAAAGGAUAUUUUGUGUGGAAGCUGUAAUGGAGCUGGUUUUAUUGGUGGAUUUAUGAGCACAUUUGAUGAUUAGAAGAAGAUUGGCUAGAUUGAAUAUUGAAGAUUGCUUUUAGCUGUGAACAAAGAGAAAAGGAAGUGGAAAUCCAGUUGUUCCUAUGUUUUUAGUCUUUUUUGUAAUGCCUAUUCAUUUAUGAAUUGUAUGGAUGAGUGUAAUCCUACUGUAUUUUGUUUGAUUGGAUUAAGCAAAAAAGUUCAACUAAUAAGCAGCACAAGCAAUUGUAAUGA